CAUGCAGAGUAUUGGCAUUAGAUGGAUUUGCGGGACAUAUUCAAUCAUGAUCUGUUGAUUUUUUAGUUACAUUUUUUUUUAUUGGUGUACUUAUACUUGCAUGUGCCGGUGUGGCAUACUCUACUUAAUUCGGCUUAAUAGUUGCACCGUGGAAUGUGAAGGUGCCACAGCUCGCUUUUCCACCCACCUCCUUUUCCUAUUCCUUCUCCUCUUGCCCUGGUCUUGUCGGAUUGUGAUGGCGACAUUGUCUGCGUGACCAGUUGAGGCCGUCCUUGCGUCCCUGGCAUUCAUCUACACGUCGGCUAUAUAUCCUUGAUAGUAUCUCCACUACAGCCCUACUGCCCUAGUAAUACUGCUAAUAGCAAAAUGUCGUCAACGAAAGUCAACUCACUCACCUUAGAGGCCCUCCCCCUUACCAAUAAUGCCAACCAACUCGACCGGUCCCUCUCCUGGCUCGGCGCCACCGGCCUCGCCUUCACAAUCACAAACUCAUGGAUGAGCUACGCCGCAACCUUCGGCACCGCGCUCGUCGACGGCGGUGGCAUCACAGUUCUUCUCUCCGUGCUGAUUGCCGGCCUUGCCCAGUGGAUUGUCCUGCUCGGUGUGUGCGAGAUGGUCUCUGCAAUUCCUUCUUCUGGUGGCUGCUACCAUUUCACGUACUUCCUCGCGCCGAAGAAAACUCGCGCCUUCGCCUCCUUCACCGUGGGCAUCAUCAACCUCCUCGGCUUCUGGAUUGGCGGCGUUGCCGGUGCUGUUUAUACCAUUACUUCGAUCUUCAGGAUUAUCACCUUCUGGGUUGAUGGGUUCCAGCCGACUCAGUGGCAGGUAUAUCUUGGUUAUGUGGCUUUGGUCUUGCUUUCUCUUAUCCCAAUCUUCACAAUCCCACCGUCAAAAACCAAAUACCAAACAACCGCAACUCUAUCCCUCUCCCUCCUCCUGCUAACCCUCCUCGUCGCCGUACUCACAUCCCUAGCCCGGACCCAAUACCAAAAACCGAACCUGUCCCUCCAUCAAAACAGAAGCGGGUAUGAUAAUUCAACGGCGUGGCUCCUCAGUAUCAGCGCGGGGAUGUUCUCCUUCUCAACCACAGGAACAGUCGUACAUCUCUCCGAGGAAGUCAAGGGCGCUGAACGAGGGAUUCCUGUUGCUAUAAACUCAACUAUGGCCCUGGGUCUGCUUACCACGAUCCCCUUUGCUGUUGUUCUUCUCCUGGGUAUGCAAGAUGUGCAGGCCGUGCAGGACGCCUGGAUACCGAGUCUGGAGGCGUUUUAUCAGGCGACGGGGAGCAAGUCUGUUGCGACCGGGUUGCAGGCGUGUCUGGUGUUGCUUUAUUUUGUUACGGUCUGUACGCAGUGGGUGUCAGUGAGUCGGAAUGCAUGGGCUCUUGCUCGAGAUAACGCCCUCCCCUUCUCCCCCUACUUCGCCCAGAUUUCGCCAACGCACAACAUGCCCGUCCGAACAACACUCCUCUCGGUAUCCUUCUUCAUCGUCUUCGGCCUGCUCUACAUCGCAAGCAGCAAGGCCUUUAACUCCUUUGUUAAUAUGGCGGCCCUGCUCGUCAAUAUCGCGUACACAGUGCCGCAGGGGAUCCUGGCGUGUCGGAGGCGGGACAGGCUCUCGCCUACUCGGCCAUUUAAUCUGGGGAAGGCAGGGUACGUCGUUAAUGCAUUCUCGGUUUGCUGGCUUAUAUUGGUGGGAGUGCUGUUUUGCUUCCCUGUGAGUAUUCCGACGAGUGGUGGGGAAAUGAACUAGUAUGUACCCCUUUCUGUUUGUUUAUUUAUGUCUUUCGUUUCGCUUCGUUUCAUUUAGCUGGUUGUGCAUGACUGACCGAC